CACAAAGUUUAUCAGCACGCGCGCACCCGCGCAGGUGUCGCGAGAGAGGAGUCGGUUUCCACAGCGACCACAGUCCCAACAGAGAGCACGGCCUGGUAGCACGUCGGCUAAAGACAAAGAAGAGAAAAGAAAGAAAGGGAGAUAGAGAGAGAAAAAGACAUACAAGUACAGUUAGGUGAAAUAUAAGUAAACGAGGUGUCAAACGGAGUCGMGCACAGAUCCAGAGGGAAGUCUGCUCGUGAAAGCACAGCAACAGGCAUGGGAGAUAAAACUCAGCCACAGGAAAAGAGAAGUAUGAAAUUAAAUGACUUUGUGCCUCCCAACAACAAGGCCAGAUCUGUCAAGCUCAGUGCCAGGAAGCUGCAGCAACUGCAAAUAGACACCAUGACUAUGACCGCUGAGAGCAAGGACAUGGAAGAGAAGCUACAACAGCUGAAAGACAACAUGAGUAAAGAGAAAGUGGAGAGACAACAGCGGAGAUGGGCCUUUGAACAAAAUGUCUCUUCAAUCAGCAAUUUUCUACCAAACAACUUUAAGAAAAACAAAGACAAGAUGGAAAAACUGUCAGCAGGCAAAUUAAAGAUCCGGGUGCUGAAGGACGAAUCACUUACAGCUCCUUCUCAGGCGCAACCUCCACAUUCUGUUCCUCACGUCGGUCUUGGGAUGGCAAGUAUAGGGAAACAAAAGGAUAAAUGUGGACAUUGUGGAGUUAAGCCUGCUGGAUAUAUGUGUUCGAAAUGCACUGAAAACCACUGCACAGACUGCUCUUCCAUGUGUCACCAGAAGGGGACACUGAAGCUCCACAGCGCYGUCCCCACUCAGAUGUUGCUUGAGAAAAACGGCCAGGAGGAAAAAGUGGGAGUCAUCAAAGUAGAAAAGAAAGGACAAGGUUUUCCUCUACUUAACGAGGAGUACAGCGAGGAAGAGUCAGCGAGAUCUUUCCAGGAGGCUCUGAUGCAGUGGAGGGAAGAGAGGAGGGCUGGAGGAGGACAAACAGUGGCUAAGGAUGGAAUGUGGAAACCUGUCAGACCAGUGUUAGUGUCAGCCGCAGCGACCCAGGCCGACCUUCCUCCAGACAGAGAAGCUGAAGGACAAAGAAGAGAAGGAGCAGAAGGGAAACUCGUUGUCAAGGUUGAGUUUACAGAAAACAGCCUUACUUACGUGGAUAGAUUGCUUCUCAAGAUGCACCGCAGAACACCAAAUGAAUGCCAUCCAUUUCUGGACUUUGGUGUAGAUGUUAAAUCACUAACUACUACAGACACAGAAGAGGAGACAACCAUUGGCGCAACUGCUGAGGAAGAUGAUUUUCAUCACUACUGCGCGUCACUGUUCGUUGUUCCUGUCAGCAAAAGUGGGACUGAGCCACAGAGUUCCACACCUGAAUCUUUUCUUGUCAUAGAGGUCCUGGAUGAAGGGAAAGAGACUGAGACAUGCACAGACGUAAAAAAAGUCUGUAAUGCUGAACAGAAGAUGGAUAAUAGAGAGGUCUCUACUCUUUGGCAGAUUUUCAAAAAAGAGCAAACUCUGGUUUCCCACACGGCCGUUUCUAGAUCAGCUUAUCCUCUUCCUGAGACUCCUGAGAGAUCAAAUAAAUCAAAGACACMAACCUCACUGUCAUCUAGGUCUAGCUCUCACAGUGUCCACAAACCAAAAGCUAGCUAUGGAUCACCAAAAUUUUUAUCCUCAUUACAACAUUCAAAAUCUGAGAUCCCAAAGUCCUCUCAAACCCCUGCUUCAUUUUUGGCUGAUCUUUCAACCUUGGAUGAUAAUGUGUCAGAAAUCUCGAAGAAGCGUCUUUCCCCUUCUUCAUCAGCUUCCUUUUCCCUGAGGUCUACCUUUACAGUUUGGCCAUCAAGUUCUACUCAGUCAAACUUAUUGCCAAUAGUUUACCACUCAGCUUCACAACAGAAAGGUGCAGACUCAUCCGCUGUGUCAGAAAACCUCCAAUCCUCCCAGUUAUCUGCAGACACAAUUUCAUCUCUAGAGCUUUGGGAAGCUCCAACAGGCAAUCUGUUCUCCCCACAGCCAUCCCAACAUUCCCUGAGUGACCCCAUGUUAAGGCACMCUUUAUCACCUGUUUCUGCUAAAAUUCAUCCACCAGCAAAACCCCUGAAACCAGUUCUAUUAAUGAGCAACCCCAUUCAGUAUUAUGGUAAUACUAAUUUAUUCAAUACGUCAGAGCUAAAAUCGGGAGUGGACAUCAAUGAUCGUGCAAAGACGGACCAGGACAACAAUCUUUUAGAAGACAGUGAAGAUGAAAUGUCCAGCGAUAGCCUGAAUCUGGCUUCACAUGAAGAUGACUCUUCAGACGAGGAAGCACAAAUACAAGAAUCUUUAAGAAGAAAGACAUCUACAGAAAAGGAAGCUAGUGCUGCAGUGUCUCAACUAGACUAUUUCUUUGUUCCGGCUGAGACAGAUCUGCAGAAAGAUAAACCAGAACAGCAGUCAGAACCACUCAUGGUGAUGCAACACCAGAGUGUUGGGCCUGGAUCAGAGCAGUUCUGUGAUCUGGACCAGUUUUUGCCUUUAGGUUUGGACACGAACACCGGUCACUCAAACUCACCAGAAGACGAACGCUGUGACCGAUCUCGCUCAUGCCAUCAUCCAGCGCGUGACUUAAACCCAACAGUGACAAACCAUUGGAGCCAUAGCCUCAGAAGUUGUGCUGAGGAGCACCUGGCUCUGAAAGAGAUGAAGGACAGAUACACACAACCAAUGGGAAUUCACAUUCAUUCAACCAGGAGAGAAGAAAUGUCAGCAAAUGAACUCGGAACAUCUGAGACGAGGUCUAACCAGUCUGAAAAAUCCACACCAAUUCCCACUGAUUCACCAAGGAGGAAUUCAAGCCUUACCUCUGCAUCUCCCUCUCACCACGUCUCUCAUCCCCCCUGCCCUCCCACUGCCUGCUUGUCUCCUCACACAUUGGGCUCAGGGAGUGGCCCCUCUUUUCAUCGCCAUUCCUCAGCUGUGCAUGAGAUCACGGAGGUUUGUAACGUGGACCAGAGAGGUUGUGAGGACCCUGAUAUGGACCCUGAAAAAACAGAACACCUGCUGCACAGUUUGGAGCAGAAACUAAAAUACAUGGCAAGCAAAGAGAGCACAUGUGCUCAUGCUUUUGACAGGGGAAACAGUGAAUUUCAAAAUCAGCCGGAAAGUCAUUUUGAAGAUCCUAUAUGGGGCGGGGCCAGCAAGGAACAAAAUGAAGAGGAGGCGGCUGCAGAGAGAGACCGACUACCUUGAACCAUCCCCACUCCCAGGUCCCACACAUACCAGUUGUACUAGAGAAUAGAGCAAAAACAGAAGUUACGCAAAGGAGCAUAAAUAGUUUUCAUAUGUUUGUUUUAUUCUAAAGCGAUUUGUUACCAAACUCCUCUUGCAUCAAAAGGGAAAUAUCCCGUGAAUGUAGUUCAAAAAUCUAGCUGAAAACGGAAUAAAUACUUUUUGCUGUGUCAUGUUUUA